AUGGAGAAGCACAUUUUCUUAUUGAUUCUUCUCUUUCUAUUUCAAUAUUACUCCGUUUUUAUAUCGGCUGCUUCCUCAAAUGAAACAGACCAACAAGCUCGACUAGCUUUCCAAAAACUUGUUACUAGUCCCAGUCCUUUUCUGGCCAAGAACUGGACCAAGAAUACUUCUUUUUGCUCUUGGUUUGGUGUCACUUGCAGUUCAAAAAGGCAAAGAGUUGUGGCCUUGACUCUUCCUAAUUUGCAACUUCAAGGCACAAUUUCCCCCUCUUUGGCCAAUUUGUCGUUUCUCAGAGAGCUCAAUCUUAGGAACAACUUCUUCCAUGGCAGCAUACCUUAUGACAUUGGCCACUUGCCUCGCUUGCGAGUGAUUGAUAUUCAAGACAAUCAACUCCAAGGAAGUAUUCCAACAAGUCUAUUUCAACACCAAAAAGUUCAAACAAUAUCAUUGGCUUUAAAUAAACUCAGUGGUGAAUGUGGAAGGGGCCAUGGUAUAAUUCCUCCUUCUAUUGGAAAUUCUACAAAAUUGAUGAACUUAAGUUUGUCUGGGGAUGGAAUCAACGGCAACAUUCCAAAGGAGAUUGGUAAUCUGAGCCAACUUGCAGUGUUAUCCUUGUUUGAUAAUCAAUUAACAGGUUCCAUUCCUGCAGCACUGUUUAAUAUCUCCUCAUUACUUAUCAUAUCUCUAGCAAGAAAUAGCCUUUCUGGUCCUCUCUUGCCUGAUGAAGAGAAGAUUUUGUCAAAUCUAGAGUUUUUAGGUGUAUCAUACAACCAAAUUUCUGGUCGCAUUCCUUCCAACAUUUGCCAACUUGCAGAGCUGAAAAUUUUGUCCAUAUCUUUCAACAACAUAAAUGGAGAAAUACCCAGAAAUAUUGGUUGUUUAGCCAAUCUCGAGGAGUUCUAUAUUGGUUAUAAUCCAACAAGUGGGACUAUUCCUGCAUCAUUGGGCAAUAUUUCCACUCUGCAAAAUCUUAAUGCUAUGAACAAUAGUCUACAGGGGCCAAUUCCUCCAGAAUUAGGGAAGCUAUCCAAUUUGAGGCAAUUAAGCUUUGAUCUAAAUCAUAAUCUUAUUGGUCAAAUUCCAGAUGCUAUUUUCAAUAUAUCUUCUUUGGAACUCGUUGGUUUCAGUUUCAGCAACCUCUCGGGAAGAAUUCCAGCCACUACAGGUCGUCGUCUUCCAAACCUUAGAGGAAUUUACUUGUCAUACAAUCAGCUUGAAGGAGAAAUUCCUCCGUAUAUCACAAAUGCUUCCAAGCUUAACACACUGGCGCUAGAUAUGAACCUUCUCACUGGCACUAUUCCUACAAAUUUGGGGAAUCUUCAUGAGCUGCGAGGGUUAUUCCUAUCUGGUAAUCAACUUAACAAUGAACCAAGUGAAUAUGACCUACAAUUCUUAAAUUCAUUGGUGGACUGUAGGAUGUUGCGAUAUCUAGCAGUGGGUUCCAAUCUGUUGAAUGGCAUUCUGCCCAGUACUAUUGGGAAUCUGUCAUCUACUAUUGAAAUAUUUCAUAUAGCAGAUGCACACAUCAAUGGUCUCAUCCCCAAAGGUAUAGGCAACAUGAGCGGACUAACGAAACUAAACUUUCAAGACAACAACUUGAUUGGAAGUAUUCCUUUUGAGGUUGGUAGGCUUAAAAAACUCCAAGGGCUAUUUUUAAGUAACAAUAAAUUACGGGGGCAUAUUCUAGAUGUAGUAUGUGAUUUAUCUAAUUUGGUUGUAUUAUAUUUGCCUGAAAAUGAGCUAUCUGGGGUGAUUCCAGAAUGCAUAGGAAAUCUUAGCAUGCUACAACAGCUUGAUUUGGUGUCUAACAAUUUUUUAUCAUAG